AAUGAAUACAGUAAAAAACAACAUAUCUUCCUCAUUUCAUCUGUCUUUUUAACAUUGCUACAAUGCCUGGAAGAAGAUGUAUAAACAGGAAUCCUACAUCUGCAUUUAUUGAGCCGAUCCAUGAGAUACAAUUUGAACAAGUGCUGGGUCCUAUAAAUAGAUAUACCAAUUAUCCUAAUACUAUAGGAGGAUUCCCAAUGCAAACUCAAUUGCAAAAUACUCAACAGACUCUGCAACAAGGAUUAUCAGGCUUUCAUCAUAACUUGUAUGGAAUAAGAGAGUCAUCCUUGAGGAAUGUUAGGAUAGGGUCCCCUGUGCAAAAUCAAUUUCCAAACACUUCACAGACUUUACAUGGAGGAGUAUUGGGCAUUCAUCAUAAUUCCUAUGAAAUAGGAGAGUCAUCAUCAUCAAGGAAUGUAAGGAUGAGAAUGACAAUUGAAGAGCCUCAACUGAGUAGCUCACUUUAUCCAACUGGUCAAGUCAGUAGAAACCCUUCCCCACCAUGGGCUGGACGAAACACAACUUAUGAUCCAUCAUAUGAUACGCGCGGUUUACCUGUGGAUCCCCAUUUAAGAUGCCUUACCUAUAUGAAUUGCAACCAGCCAUGGGCUAUAAGAAACACACUUUAUGAUCCAUCAUAUGCACUGCGUGGAUUAGCUUCGGACCCCCAUUUGAGAUGUUUGUCCUUAGAAAAUGCAGCCAACCAUGGUAAUGGUGAUAGGUUGGGUUCGAACUGAUCUCAAGCAAUGACUUCACCUUGACAAGGGAGCUGUCAUUCAUCUAUGCUUUGAAUCAUGAUAAUUUAGACAAUUAUGAGAAUUUUUGAGAUUUUAAUUAGCUUUUCUAAGCACAUUUAGUAGUUAAUAAUUUGGACUUGGUUGCUGAUAUGUGUUUAGAGAUUUUCUUUGGCAUUAAAAUUUGUAGACUGGUUUCGUGAUUGGCUUUUCGUUGAUUAUUGAAUCUAUUUGGAACCUUA